GCAUUUGUCACUGCGUAGGGACACGUCCUUCCAUUCAAUACCAUUAAUAAUCAUAAUUUUGCAUGUGUUGCUCGCCGGUUUUUCAAUAUUAGUUAGUUAAAAAGUUGUAUUAUCGUUAUAUUUAAUAGUUAAUAUUGGUAAAAUAUGCAAUCAGAAACGUUACAGUUAAUUCAAAUUCUCGAGAAGACAGUUUCUCCAGACAAAGCCGAACUCGAACAGGCGUCAAGUUUUCUUGAACAAGCUUCACAAGCAAAUCUUCCUGAAUUCUUAAAAACACUCUCCGAUAUCUUGAGACAUGGAGGCAAUAGCCCUGUUGCUCGUAUGGCAGCUGGCCUGCAACUCAAAAACCAACUCACAUCAAAAGAUCAGAAUAUCAAAAUCACAUACCAACAACGUUGGCUGGCACUUCCAGAAGAAAUCAGGGAUUACAUAAAAAAGAAUAUUGUCGGUGCAUUAGGAACAGAAACAAAUCGACCUUCAUCAGCAGCUCAGUGUGUAGCUUAUGUAGCAGUAGCAGAAUUACCAACUGGUCAGUGGCCUGGUUUGAUAAACCUUCUGGUUAAUAAUGUGGUUCAAGCCAACUCUACUGAGAUGCAAAAAGAAGCCACUUUAGAAGCAAUUGGUUAUAUUUGUCAAGAAAUUGAUUCAGAAGUCUUAGUGUCACAGUCAAAUGCUAUUUUAACUGCUAUAAUACAUGGUAUGCGCAGCACUGAACCAAGUAAUCACGUCCGUUUGGCUGCCACAGAAGCUUUAUUGAAUUCACUCGAAUUUACACGAGCCAAUUUCGACCGGGACACAGAACGACACUUUAUAAUGGAAGUGGUGUGCGAAGCCACACAAUCAGAUGAUACUCAAAUAAAAGUGGCCGCCCUCCAGUGCCUUGUCAAAAUCUUGUCUCUUUAUUAUCAGUAUAUGGAGACUUACAUGGCCCAGGCCCUUUUUCCUAUCACAUUAGAAGCAAUGAAAUCAGAAAAUGACGCGGUAGCCCUUCAAGGGAUAGAGUUUUGGUCAAAUGUUAGUGAUGAAGAGGUUGAUCUGGCCAUAGAAGACUCGGAAGCGUCAGAGGCCGGUCGACCACCUACAAGAGUAUCGCGACAUUACGCCAAAGGAGCCCUACAAUUUAUCGUUCCCAUUCUACUCCAAAAAUUAACAAAACAAGAAGAAUUAGAUGACGAAGACGAUUGGAACCCUUGCAAAGCCGCUGGCGUUUGUCUCAUGCUGUUAGCUUCAUGUUGUGAAGAGGAAAUAGUGCCACAUGUAUUGCCCUUCAUCAAAGAGAACAUCAAGUCGAGUAAUUGGCGGUUCCGGGACGCGUCUCUGAUGGCAUUCGGUGCUAUUCUUGGUGGGUUGGACAAUUCCACGCUCAAGCCGCUCGUUGAACAAGCUAUGCCUACAUUAAUAGAGCUCAUGUACGACACGAGUGUAAUCGUGCGUGACACGGCCGCGUGGACGUUCGGGCGUAUUUGCGAGAUCAUACCGGAUGCGGCAAUUAACGAAACUUUCCUCAAACCACUCUUGGAAAGUCUCAUUAAUGGACUGAAGGCAGAGCCCAGGGUCGCAGCCAAUGUGUGCUGGGCAUUUACAGGUCUUGCAGAAGCAGCUUAUGAAGCUGCAGACGUUAAUGAGCAAACGAAUCAACCGGACACGUACAUUUUAUCUCAGUAUUUCGAAUUCAUAGUUCAACGACUGUUAGAGACUACUGAGAGACCAGACGGUGCCCAAGCCAAUCUUAGGCCCGCUGCAUACGAAGCUCUGAUGGAAAUGGUGAAGAACUCGCCACGCGACUGUUAUGUAACCGUUCAAAAGACGACGAUGGUCAUCCUUGAAAGGUUACAACAAGUACUUCAGAUGGAAUCGCACAUAGCAAGUCAUAGCGAUAGAUCGCAAUACAACGAUUUGCAAUCGCUCCUUUGUGGUACUUUACAGUCGGUGCUAAGAAAGGUAACACCUGAGGAUGCCCCAAAAAUUUCCGACUCCAUUAUGACCGCCCUCCUUAGCAUGUUCAGUUCGAAUUCAUGCAAAAGUGGCGGAGUACAAGAGGAUGCGCUCAUGGCAGUUUCUACCUUGGUGGAGGUUCUCGGCGAGUCGUUUAUAAAGUACAUGGAUGCAUUUAAACCUUUUCUUUACAUCGGUUUGAAAAAUCACCAAGAGUAUCAGGUGUGCGGUACAGCUGUGGGCCUCACAGGGGACAUUUUUCGCGCCCUUAAAAGCAAGGCUUUGCCCUAUUGCGACGAAAUAAUGACUCUCUUGUUGGAAAAUCUGGGUGAUAACACGGUCCAUCGGAGCGUCAAACCGCAAAUCUUGUCCGUAUUCGGUGACAUCGCAUUGAGCAUCGGCGCUGAGUUCAAAAAGUACUUGGACAUCGUUCUCACGACCCUCGCCCAGGCGUCACAGGCCCAAGUCAAUCGGGACGACUUCGACAUGAUCGAUUACUUAAACGAGCUGCGAGAAGGCGUUUUAGACGCUUACACUGGCAUCAUCCAAGGGUUGAAGGGCGACGAUCCGACGCCGAAUCCGGAUGUGCUCUUGCUCGAAACCCACAUACCCUUCAUCGCACAUUUUAUUACAGUCGUGGCUCAAGAUGAGGAACAUUCUGACGGAACUGUAGCUGUUGCGGCCGGACUGGUUGGUGAUCUUUGCGCUGCAUUUGGCGUUCCCAUGCUCCGUUUCCUUGACCUAGAACCCAUUAAUAAUAUGCUCGCUGAAGGAAGAAGGAGCCGGGUCAGUCGCACCAAAACACUGUCCACAUGGGCGACGAAAGAAAUGCGCAAACUUAAGGCCAAUUCGACUGCAGCCGUUGCAAGCUGAUUUGCUCUGGUCAACAGUGAUUUGAGCCAAUGGAGCCAAGUCAGCUCGUGGUCCACGGCAACAGUUUGGGAUAAACAGUACGCGUAACUUAUAUUACUACACAAAAACAAACACUUUACAUACAUUCAUAUAAAUAAUAUAAUCGUUUGACUGUCGUUUAAAAACAAAAAAAAACAUUUAAAAAAAUCAUACAAUAAUAAUGAUAAUGAUAAAAACGAUCAAUAGCCCGAGGUUAUUAAUAAGUAACCAAGCAAACAAAUUAAACUCUGAUACAAUUAAUGAAUAAUAAGAAACAUGUCUCCGGUUUUUUCUUUCGUUCGUUUGUUGGUUGUUAAACCGGCCACAUCAUAACGUUGUUGUCCUUUGUAUUUCGAUUAAUAAUUUUUAAUUGCAAAAAAAACGAAUGAUUUUGAAUUGAUUAAUUGAACGGUAAUAAUCGAAUUACCUUUAAAAUUAACUACAACAACAACGUAAUAUAUAAUAACUGACAUUAAAUCUAUUUUUAAUUCGACAUGGUACCGUCCCUCCGAAUGGAUGUAAAUUCCGGUCUCUAUUAGUUUAUUUUCACUAUUUCGGUUCCGGGGUGCCGAACGUAAGUGUGUUGUGAACGUUCUCAAUUUUUCCCUUCUCAUUCUUUAUCUUUUAAAAAAUAUGUAACCAAUUCAAUUUCUACAAUGGGACAAUAUAAUAACGUUUAUUAUUAACACAGUGAUCGGAUUGUCGGUAAAAUGGCGAGUGCGAAUAAUCGUGGGGCAUACAGUAUGUUGUAAUACAUAUGUAUUUGUUGAAGGCGAUUUUUAUUAUGAUUGUGUUGUGUCGUGAGUGCGGAGACGAACGCCUGUUGUGUUGAAGACUAAUUAUUAAUUGUUAUAUAUGCGAAUUAUCUUCCUUUUCCACAUCAUCUUUUACACGGUGCAACGGGAUACAACAACUAAAACAACUCCCUCGGACUCUCGAAGUUUUUUGGUAGAUGAAGUCGACGACAAACGGCACCCAAGAUAUACAAUGGAAAGGGGAAUAAUAAAAUGAAAAUGAAUAUCUGUGUUGCGCUCAUUUUCUUUUUUCGGUACUGCGUGUGUUUAUCGAGAAAAUAUAGUAAUUAAAAAAUAGUGUAAAAAAUACGAAAGCAUUGUUCGCCGUACAUAUCGAUUUGCUACCGCCAUGUAGUGGUAGCUCAAUGGUAUUUCGAGGGUAAGUUUAUGGUGCACAUGCUCGACACUUAAUCUCGUUUUUAGUAAUUUUCAAAAUUACGAUUGUAGAAUGCUUUCAGUUGUAUGCUGUAUUAUAAGAACGAAAAAAUAUACAUUUUUAUAAAAUAUACAUUCGAUAAAAAAUUACAAAUCAAUCCAAUCUCUAUUUUUAUUUUUAGUUUGAACUUGUUUGGUCACCCUAUAGACUUCUUGUUAAAUUAAGAUACAAAAGCAAGAAGACCAAUCUUCGGCAAAACUAAUGUCAUAAAGAUAAUUAUUUAUAGAAAAAAUGCGAUUAAGUGUCUUUCGAAACAAUUCCAUUAAUUUCACGUUAGUAGUGUUUGUACUCAGGAAUUUUUGAGAAUAAUAUACUUUUGCGAAUGGUAUUUUUUUGAAAGUUUUUGUGAGGCCGUGUGUGCCUUGCAUGAAAGGUGCGUGAAAGCCAAAUUGUUUAGACUGUGGACAGUUUGGUGGUUGAUGACGUUCUGAUGAAAGAGGAACGAAGCAAUCUGUGAUUUGAGAACGCUUCAAUUUGUUGCCAAAAAUGAAACAAAAAAAUAAUAAAAUAAAAUAUCGUAUAUCGAUAAAAAUGAUUCCAUUUAAAUAAAUAAAUGAUGAAGCCUUCUCAACAUUAUUUAUGAAUUCCUUGAAUGUGUGAUAUUUGAUACAUGUACAUGUAGACGACGGAGCCACCAAGGGGGAUGAAAAAGUGAAACGAAUACAAUUCAUGCCCCAAAACCGUCCCGUCGUCUGUGUAUGAUUCUUAGCUUGUAUGAAAUUUUAGUAUGUAAGUAAGCGUGAUUGUUAUUAAAAACAACAAAAAAGAUAAUAAAGGCCCCAUUUUAUAUUUUUGGUAUGUGCAAAUAUUUUUUUAUAUACUUACUAUUUUAGCCGAAUCUCCAAAAUGUCUAUUUAAUUUUUACGAGUUUUGUUUAUAUGCACGUCUUAUACAUACAUAAUAUAAAAGUGGUCGUCAACUUCUAUGAAAUUUUAUUUUUAUUUUAAAAUUGUAAAAGUAAGACCUGUUUUAUAUUAUUAUUAGAAUGGAUAAAUUAAUUUCUUAUUACAUUAGAAGUUAAUGUUAACAAAAUUAACUAUUUCAAAGAAGUUUCAUGUUAUUUUCAUUCAACUCAAAGAUUAAAGAGAAAAAUACAGUAUUUAAAUAAAAUUAUCUGUUCAUUUGUAUUGAUGAUUCUUCUCUUCAAAUAAAAAGAAUGUAAGUAAGUAUUUUUUGUCUGUCUUAACAUUUUUUAUAUCCCUUGCCCUUGAUAUAAAGAAAGGGUCCGUCCUUUCUUAAACCAAAUUUAUUGGUCAAUUAAUGUAAUUUUUUUAAAUGUAUAGUGCUAUCGUUCGUGCACAUAAACAAAACAUGUUACAAAUACUAUCCUAAGAGGCAAUAAGUAAUCAAAUUUAAUAAAAAUGCCGCUGCUUAAGAAACAAUUUUUUUUGUUUGCCUAAUUAUCUAUUAUUUUCGUUUUGCAGCAACUAAUGUAAGGUACUAAAUUUCGAAUACUACAUUUAUGUUACUGCUCUAGCAUAAAUAGAUAACUGAAAUAAAAAAGAAAUAUCGACUUGUUAAAUAGUUACUACUACUACUAUUAUUAUAUGAUAAGAUAUAGGUCGCGAUGGUAUUUCUGUUUGAGUGUUAUUUUGCUAGUUUGUGAAUCAAGAGUGCCAUGAUAGUUUGUCUGUAAAUCAGCCCCCAGUAAACCAAUGUUUAACAAUUAAACAAAAAAUACAAAAGAGUGUGAUAAGACUGACUGACCAGUGUUCACUAAUCAUAUUAAAAUUAAAAAAUAAUUGAAGGGUAAUUAUUAUGAAUUACUUGUACUUCUUGUAAGGUUAUUGUUAAACAUUGGUCCGAUUUUUUUUGCAGAAAUGUUACCAUGUCUAUUUAGGUGCCUAUGACCCAUCUUGGAAAUUGCUGUAUUUUGAAAACCAUGUAAAGUCAGCACGCUGUUCUCAAAAAAGUUAUUUAGUUUAUCGGGACUUUGUUACAUUCUUAAUAAUUUGGUAUUUUUUUCUUUAAAAUGUAGCUACUAAAAAACAUAAAUAAAAACUACAUACAUUAUA